AUGAAAGGAGAUGAAGCGAGCUUGCUAAUCGAGAAUCUCAGUACGAUUGAGGAAGACUACCGUGUUUGUGAAAUCCUGAUCAAGGAACAACCAAGGGUCCAAGAAGAAGAAGAAACGAAGAGCUACGAAGAUGAUGAUGAUGAUGAUGAUUUUGAGUUCUUUUGUGUGUGUAAAGACCCCACCUCUACUGAUGAGAUCUCCUACAACAGCCAGAUCAGGCUUGUUUUUCCUAUUUUCGGCAGAGAUUUGUUGUUUUCUGAUGUUGAAAAUUGUAAAGGUGAAGUGAAUUCUUCUAAGCCUCCCACUCCGUCACCGAUUCGGAUUCCCGAGGACCGCAAUCCUUCGUCCUGCUCCUCCUCCGAAGCUGACGAGCUCGACGGAGUUCUGGCAGGAACCUACUGUGUCUGGAAGUCGAAAUCUGAUGCGUCUGCGGUGGUGGUGUCGCCGGAGAGAUGUAAGAAGAGCAGCUUGAUGGGAUCAUCAAAGCGAUGGAAGUUUCAUGAUCUUCUCUACCGGAGCAGCAACGACGGCAAGGACACCUGCAUCUUUCUCGCUCCUUCGAAUGCCAAUUCGAAGAAAAAGAACAACAAGAAGGCCUCCGAGAGAGCAACAGAAGUAAAAGUCGCUGGAAAAGUGAAGCCGACGGUGGCCGGAGGAGGAGUAAUGGUGGCAUAG